AUGACGACCACCGGAGCGCAGUCUUCGCCGAGCCGGGGAGGAUGGAGCAGCCUCGAGGAGGAGCUGGCUUACUACAAGUCGCAGUACGAGACGCUGGAGAUGGAGCUGCAGGAGUUUCAGGCAUCAAGCAAGGAACUCGAGGCCGAGCUCGAGCGCGACGUCGAGGAGAGCGAGAAGCGGGAGCGCAAGCUGCAGGAAAAGGCAGAGAAGCUGGGGUUCGAGGUUGAGGAGUGGAAGACAAAGUACAAGCAGAGCAAGGCCGAGGCCAACAAUGCGCAGAACACCCUCCAGAAGGAGAUCACCACGAUGCGCGAGAGCCAGCGCGCCCUCCAGAUGCGACUCCGCGACAUCGAAGUACAAAGCGACGAUUUCGAGCGCCAGGCACGCCACCAGACAUCAUCACUCGAGGAUGUGGAAUCCAAGUACAACGUGGCUAUCGAGCGCAGCGUCAUGCUGGAAGAAGAGAUCAAGAUCGGAGAGCAGGAGCGAGAAGCACUGCGGAUAGAAACACAGCGCCUUAGGGACGAGCUGUCAGACCUGCGGGUAGAGGCGGAAAUCACGCAGGAGAAGUUGCGCAUCGCGGAGGAGACGAUUGAGAACCACCACGUGCGUAAGGUAUCCAACCAUCUCUCUGGCGAUGCCCUGAGGCCACGCUCGCCGGUCUCCGAGGCAUCGACCACAGCAACCACCGUCUCCUCGCCCACGGCUGCUUCGACCCCACCACACUCGAAAGCAGAUGGCCUACACACGGACGCGACUCCCCCUUCGCCACCGCUGUCCGACGCACCCAUCACGACUAGAUACGUACCCUCGACGCCCAUGCCCAAGCGAAAGAACUCGUAUGCGCCGCUGGACCCAGGUGCAACCCCUCGCGCCGGCCUGUAUCAGCGAGUCCCAAGGCACUCACGAGGGCCCAGCAUGUCAGCAUCGCGACCAAGUACAAGUGCCAGUGGGCGGGCGACACCCUCUAUACGAACAACUGCACCCACAUCGCGAGCGCCUAGACCAAGCUUUGGAAGUGCUGCACCGCCGCCAAGUUUGCCUAGGUCAGGCUCGCUCGUUCAGGUUCGAGGGCUGAUUGGUAAGAUGCAGAAGCUCGAAGAACGGGUACACGCAGCGCGAUCCAAGCUCCCUGCGCCGACCACGACCCCACCGCGAGCCAGCCCCCGAAACGGCAGUGCCAUGGGACACCACGUGCCAAGUACUGUCACAUUGAGGAGCGGCAGGAAGCGCAGCUCCCACGCAUCAGCGGGCUCGUCAGUCCCUGGCGCCUACGAGUCGGGUGUAAGCCGGCUGUCAUUCGGCAUGUCGACUUCGUCGCGUGAACCCCCCAGCAGCAGCAGACCUGCCAGCCGAGCAUCCAUGUCGUCGCAGUCAGCAAUACAGCGGCCGGCAAGCAGGAGCAGCACCCGAACCCCACUCGGACAUUAUUCGUCUUCGUCCAUCAGCGGAACGGAGCCCCGGAUGCCAAGGCCAAGGAGCUCUAUGAGCGGUCACGGCCAUUCGCAUUCGCUGUCAAUGUCGCGGCGGGACACAGACGCCAACAGCGACGGAAGCGGCGUUUCAACCCCAAUGGGCAGGCGACUCACACUGGAGAAGACAGGUAUACCUACACCCAGCGGUAUACCAAGGCGUCAAAGUGCAGGACGCAGGGCAAGCAACAACAUGGACAACGGAGACAUGGCCCCUCCCGCUCGGCCACGAAAGAUGUCGACGCAGGCGGAGGAAGAAUCAUACUAG